AAAGGCAUCCAUAAACGUGCACAACCGUAGAGACCACACGAUGUCCACAAGGGACGGGAGCAAAGCGAGUACCAGAAAGUGUCGGGCACACAUAGGGGAGAUAUUUUCAGGACGAGCUUUAUUUUCCACCUACACGAAACGAUCGAGCAGCAGCUGCUUCAGGUAAUCAAGUUUUCUCCAGCGGCUUCCUCCGUUCAUCCGCCGCCGGCCGGCCAUCAGCACCAGCGCGCAGACAUGAAGAUCGGGUGCGACGCGUGCGGGCGGGCGGAGGCGGCGGUGCUGUGCUGCGCCGACGAGGCCGCGCUCUGCCGCCGCUGCGACGCCGCCGUCCACUCCGCCAACAGGCUCGCCGGCAGGCACAGCCGCGUCGCGCUGCUCCCGUCCACCGCCAUCGUCGACGGCAGCGGCAGCCACCCAACCUGUGACAUCUGCCAGGAGAAGACGGGCUACUUCUUCUGCCUGGAGGACCGCGCCCUGCUGUGCCGGCCCUGCGACGUCGCCGUCCACGCCGCCGGCGCCCACGUCGCGUCCCACCGGCGCUUCCUCAUCACCGGCGUCCGCGUCGGCGGCGGCGUCGGCGCCGUGAGCCCAAGCACCAGCAGCGGCAACGGGAGCAGCAGCGCUCCCAGCAGCUCCGGCAACCCGAGGACCAUGCCCGACAAGGCGCGGCCAUCGACGUCGGCCAGCGCGGCGGCGGCGACAGAGGGCCUUGGCGGUCAGCAGUGGCCGUGGAGUGAUUUCUUGGCGGACGACGUUGGCGUCGGGAUGGACCAUCUCCAUCCGGACCUGUGCUGCCCUGCCGAGAUCUCCGAACCUGGCUCCUCCAGCCUGACGGGAUGACAUGUAUGUUCACUGUUCAGAGAUCACUAAGCUGAUAAUAAUCCAUGGCAUCAACUGACCCAACAAAUAAAUUGUUAGCUUUAGCGUCCUGUGGACCAUGUACUUGAAACAACAGAUUAACAGAGCAUCGGGCAAUCAAAUUGCGGUGUCAAUGUA